AUGGCCUCCAAGAUUAUUGUCCUCGGGGACAUUAACGGCUUAUUGAAGGGGGUAUUCACGAAGGUCUCGACCCUACAUGCUAAGAAUAGCUUCACCUUUGCAAUCGUGGCCGGUAACCUGUUCGCCGAGGACGACGACGAUACCGUUAGUGAGCUGCUCGACGGCACCAUCCAAAUUCCACUUCCAACAUACUUCACGGUCGGAACCACCCCUCUGCCGCAGAGAAUCAUAAACAAGAUUGAGAAAGAUGAGGAGAUCUGCCCAAAUCUACAUUAUCUCGGAAAGCGAAGUACAACGAAUACAUCAGAGGGGCUCAGAAUCGUCGUACUAGGAGGCUAUUUAGAUGAGACGGUGGUCGGAGGCCUUUCAAAAGAGAGCUACUUGCCCUUCCAUACUGUGGGAGAUGCUAAGGCUCUUCACGGCGCCAACUCCGCAGAUAUCCUCCUGACAACAUGCUGGCCAGCUGCCGUGAGAAUUGGCUCCAAGGUUGUCGUACCUCCUGGUGACGUUCUUCCACCUGCUGGCCUAGAACAUAUCUCGGAUCUAUGCGCCGCUCUCAAGCCUCGCUACCACUUCUCUACCACCCCAACCUUCUUCUACGAACGAGAACCUUUCUUCUUCCCUCCCACUGCCGAAAACCCAGACGUCAAGCCAAUAACCCGUUUCAUCUCUCUGGCAGCUCACGGCAAUGCUAAGAAGCAGAAAUCUCUCUAUGCAUUCUCUCUCCAGAAAACUACCGAGCCUAACGCUGUAUUGCCUGUAGGCACCACUGCAUCGCCAUUCCAAUCGAGACCAAAGAAGAGACACGCUCUCGACACCGAUCCAUACUCUCGCUUUGGUGGUCACGAUAAUGGGUACCGCAACAAGCGUCACCGAGGCCCGAGACAGCCUCCACCAGGCCCAGGUCAAUGUUUCUUCUGUCUUUCUAACCCACAACUCGCCACACACCUCAUUUCUACCCUUGGCGAAGAUGCAUACGUCACAAUUGCCAAAGGCCCUCUCACCACAGCCAUCACAAACGCCGAGCACGGCAUCAAUUACCCUGGACAUGCUCUCAUCAUCCCCCUUUCGCACUCUCCUACCAUCGCAUUGAUCCCCGAUGAAGACAAAUCCCAGGAGAAGACUUACGCAGAAAUGACCCGUUUCAAAGAAGCAUUGCAGAAUAUGGUUGCAAAAGACAGCAAGAAUAAGCUGGGCGCCGUCACAUACGAAAUCAGCAGAGCCAGCGGUAUCCACACCCACUGGCAGUUCAUUCCCAUUUCCGAGGACACAAUCCGCAAAGGACUCGUCGAAGCUGCAUUCCGCGUCGAAGCCGAGAACCUCAAGUACCCAGCAUUUGAGACCCGUGAUCCAGGCAUCGGCAAGAACGACAACGACUUUUUUCGAGCCUGGAUCUGGUCUCCUCCAAGCGAAGCCGAGCCGCAAGGCAGCACCAAAUGCUUAACCCUCCCCUUCGAUAAUUCUCUUCGCUUCAAUAUCCAAUUUGGUCGCACCGUCUUGGCGAAGCUGCUGGGACUUGAGAAGCGCAUUCAAUGGCGGGAUUGCGAGCAGACGGUCGAGGAAGAGACGAAGGAUAUCAAUGCGUUUAAGGCUGCAUUUAAGGAGUUUGACUUUACGGAUUAG